UUGAAGUUCGUAAGCAAGUGCCUGUGGUUUCACGUUUCUGUGUGUAUCACACGUUGUCUCGUCAGAACAAUAAACACCAUGGAAACAACUCUUCUUUCCUAGAAGCUUACCUUCAUUUUAACACAGGUUCAAAACAAGCUACUCUCAAAAUCUGAGCUCUCUCUUAAUGUCGAAAAUAACCUCAGUAUUUCUCUCUAUUUGCUUCUCUGCCCUUCUCCUUUCCCUCCUCCUCAGCCAUGUCAAGUCUCAGCAGCAGCUUUAUGAUGAAGAAGAAGCAAUCCUUCUAAGGCUAAAGCAACACUGGAAAAAUCAACCACCUCUUGUUCAGUGGACCCCAUUAACCUCUUCUCAUUGCACCUGGCCAGGAAUCAACUGCACCAACAGUUCUGUCACUGGUCUCAACUUUGCCAAUGUGAAUAUUGCUGGAACAAUCCCGCCCUUCAUUUGUGACCUCAAGAACCUCACAGUUCUUGAUUUUGGCAACAACAGCAUCAUUGGAACGUUCCCUUUGUUUCUCUAUAACUGUUCCAAGCUUGAGCACCUCGAUCUCUCUCAGAAUUACUUUGUUGGCACCAUUCCUGAUGACAUUGAUCGCUUGUCUCGGCUUUCAUUCCUUAACCUCUAUGGUAAUAACUUCACUGGUAAUAUUCCAGUGGCUAUCGGGCGAUUAAAGGAGUUAAAAUCUCUUCAACUUCAACAGAAUCUGUUUAACGGUACUUUCCCAGUAGAAAUCGGCAACUUGACCAAUCUUGAAGAGCUAAUGUUGGCUUACAAUGGUUUUUUACCAUCAAGGUUUCCAUCUAAUUUCACCCAGCUGAAGAAAGUAAAGCAGCUUUGGUUUGCUGAAUCGAAUUUGAUAGGGGAGAUUCCGGAAAUGAUUGGAGAUAUGGCUGCAUUGGAGCUCUUAGAUUUAUCAACAAAUACAUUAACUGGGAAUCUUCCCAGCAGUUUGCUCAUGUUGAAGAACUUGAGUAUGCUAUAUCUUCACAAGAACAAUCUAUCCGGGGAGAUCCCUCGAGUUGUUGAAGCUCUGAAUUUGGUCGAACUUGAUCUUUCUGAUAAUAACUUGAUAGGGACUAUCCCUGACGAGUUUGGGAAGUUGGAGAAAUUAUCAAUUUUAAAUUUGUUCUUCAAUCAAUUAUCUGGUGAAAUCCCUGUAAGUAUUGCCCAUCUUCCGGUACUGAAACGUUUUAACUUGUUCAGCAACAACUUAUCCGGUGCCCUCCCUCCGGAAUUGGGUCUGUAUUCAGAGCUUGAACAGUUCCAGGUUUCGUCAAACAGGCUUAGUGGCAGGCUGCCUGAACCCUUAUGCAAUGGAGGGAAGUUAGUAGGAGUAGUAGCCUUCGACAACAAUCUCAAUGGAGAAUUGCCAACGUCACUGGGGAACUGCAGUAGUUUGCUGAUCGUAAGCAUUUCGCGCAAUGCAUUUUCUGGCAACGUUCCUAUUGGUCUGUGGACAGCUUUAAAUUUGACAUUUCUGAUGUUGAGCGAUAAUAAGUUCGCUGGUGAGCUCCCAAAUGAAGUGUCGAGGAAUCUUGCGCGACUUGAGAUAAGUAACAACGAGUUUUCUGGUAAAAUUCCUAGUGGAGCUUCUUGGAGCAAUCUGGUGGUUUUCAACGCCAGUAAUAACCUUUUUUCUGGCACAAUCCCUCAGGAAUUAACUGCUCUUCCUAGUCUCACUACUCUUUUGCUUGACAGGAACCAACUCAGCGGACCCCUUCCAUCCGAUAUAAUCUCAUGGAAGUCACUCAAUACAAUAAACAUGAGCCAAAAUCAACUUUCUGGACAACUUCCAGAUGAAAUUACUUCUCUACCUAACCUUGUUGUACUGGAUUUAUCAGAUAAUCAAAUUUCUGGCGACAUUCCACCUCAACUAGGCUCCCUGAAGCUUAACUUUCUCAAUCUCUCUUCCAAUCAUCUUACAGGGGAAAUCCCACGUCUGUUGGAAAAUGCUGCUUACAACACCAGCUUCUUGAACAAUCCUGGUCUUUGUACCAGUAGUUCAUUGCUAAACCUUCAUGUCUGUAAUUCUAGACCCCAAAAGUCAAGCAAAAAUUCGACAAGAUUGAUAGCCUUGAUAUCAAGUAUUUUAGCAGCGGCCUUUGUGUUGGCUUUGUUACUCUCAUUCUUUGUGAUCAGAGUUCACCAGAAGAAAAAGCAGCGAUCCAAUUCAACAUGGAAGUUCACCUCAUUCCAUAAGUUGAGUUUUACUGAAUCAGAUAUACUAUCAAAAUUAACAGAAAGCAACCUGAUUGGAAGUGGAGGAUCAGGAAAAGUAUAUCGAGUACUUACAAAUGGAUCAGGCCUCAUUGUUGCUGUGAAAAGAAUUUGGAAUGACAGGAAGUUAGAUCAAAAACUUGAGAAAGAGUUCCAAGCAGAAGUUGAGAUAUUGGGUAAAAUUAGGCAUCUGAACAUAGUGAAGCUGCUUUGCUGUAUUUGCAAUGACGACUCAAAACUUCUCGUCUAUGAGUAUAUGGACAAACGUAGCCUGGAUCGGUGGCUGCACACGAAGAAGAGACGAAAUGUUUCUGGUUCAGUCUGUCAUGCCGUUCUAAACUGGCCUACUCGGUUCAGAAUUGCAGUAGGAGUUGCUCAAGGCCUAUCCUACUUGCAUCAUGACUGCUUACCCCGUAUUGUUCAUCGAGAUGUUAAAUCAAGCAAUAUCCUGCUAGAUUCCUCUUUCAAUGCAAAAAUUGCCGAUUUUGGUUUGGCCAGGAUGCUGAUUAAACAAGGAGAAGCUACAGUAUCAGCUGUGGCAGGGUCUUUUGGCUAUAUAGCUCCAGAGUAUGUUCAAACAUCGAAAGUGAAUGAAAAAGUUGAUGUCUACAGCUUUGGUGUUGUUCUGUUAGAACUAACAACUGGUAAGGAGGCAAAUUUUGGUGAUGAGAAUAGUUGCCUUGCUGAUUGGGCAUGGCAUCACAUGAGCGAAGGUAGCGCAGUAGUCGAUGCCUUGGAUAAAGAGAUCGUGGAACCUUCUUAUUUAGGUGAAAUGAGCAUUGUUUUCAAGCUUGGAGUCAAGUGCACCAGCAAAAUGCCUUCUGCUAGACCCUCCAUGAGUGAGGCCUUGCAAAUUCUACUUCAGUGCAGCCGUCCACAAGUUUUUGAAGUGAAGAUUAUGGGAAGAGAGUAUGAUGUCGCUCCCCUCCUAAAGAGUUCAAAGCGCGAGCAAUCAUCAGGGAAUGAUGAGAAUGAGUGAUCUGUCACCAACUGGGAUCAGCUCAAUUGGGGCAUAACUCAAAGUUGGAAAAUUCUUGCCUCCUAAAAAAAAAAGUCUCCACCCGCCAAACCAAUAGAUGAGUAGCACAUGUUUUGUAGUAUUAAAUAACCAAGUACAUAUCAAUCAUCCAGUGUGAAAGUACAAAACAUUGAUGUAGAUAUGUCAGAGUGUCAGUCAUUUACUUAUUACGUAUAUACACUUAGCGAUAAGAAUUACCCGAAAGUAAGGUUUUUGUUCUCUCAUCAACUGUAAAGUGCUCCUAGAGGUGGCUGAUAAACUUGUAUUUUUAGAAGAAAUAAGGCAUCCUUUGUAAGCACAAGACAAAGUUAUAGAAUAGUUCGUUAUAGGCAAGCAGACAUCGAGCUAGAAUAUUUGAUAACGUAAGCAGUUGCAGCAUUGUUUUGCUAUUAUCCAAGUGCAAGACGAAUUAGAAACUGUAUUUUCCUGUA